CAGUUAACAUUAACCAACUGAAUUAGAGAACCCUUAUAAAGACUUUCAAAUGGGAUUAUUUAUGAGAUUCUUAUUCUUACAAAAUUAAUUGUUUUAGUUAGGACUCUCUUUUACAGAUUCUUGAUUUUCGAAGGGACUUGAUACGUUGAUUUCAGAAACCCUACUAAAAGAGGACGAGCCUUACUCUUACAUUCGAGACUGAGGAGAGGAGCUCUUUAAGUUAGAAUCAAAGAAACUGGUUUUCUGGUUCUAGAUGUUGCCAAGAUGGAAAGGAAAGGCAGCAAAAGCCAAAGCUUUUGCCGAUCCCAUGUCGAAAAUCGUCUCAGAGCUUCAGUCUUCUCUUGUCCAAUCAGAGGCUCAUGCGUUGCUCUCCGGGUGCAGUGCACUUCUUGCAGUGGAAUCAGAACAAACUGAUCUUCUCAAUCGAGCUUGUUUUGGUCGAGCCAUUGCUACAACUGAGAAAGAGAAGCAGUGGUUUCAGUUGAGUAUGGAGGAAGCUUUUUAUUUGUGUCAUUCUUUAAAAUGCCUGAAGAUUAAGGUUGGUGAAGAUAAUUGUCCGAAGAAUGAUGAAGAGCUAUGGGAUUAUAUGAAAUCCAAGAAGGAAAAGUUUCCUUUAUUUUACAAGGCUUAUUCACAUCUUCGAAACAAAAAUUGGGUUGUGAGGUCAGGAUCACAGUAUGGUGUGGAUUUUGUUGCUUACUCUCACCAUCCUUCUCUGGUUCAUUCGCAAUAUGCAGUGCUUGUUUUAUCAGAAGGAGACGAUGGUGAAAAUGCAAAUCAGAGAUUAAGGGAGUGGUCUGAUAUUCAUUGCAUGAUUCGACUUUGUGGCAGUGUUGCAAAAACAUUGUUGGUUCUUAACAUCAAUAAAAAUGGUCAAGUUACUGUCUCCCCAUCAUGUUUGGAGGGUUAUGCUGUUGAAGAGCGAACAAUCAUGAGAUGGAGCCCACAGCAGUGCCGAGAAGAUCAAACAGUAGUUGAAAAUGGAAUCAAUUUCAGUUUUAAUGUGUGCAGAUGAGGUUGGAACGUGCAACCAUAGCUGCAUCAAAUAUUUAAAUGCAGAUCUUAUGGAUAAUCAAGAGAAUAUUAACUCGAGUUUGAUGUAUAACUUUUCAUGUGCUUUUUGUCUCUGUUUUUUAAUAGACAUUUGGUUCUCCUUCCACGACAUUGUUCAGAAUUCACAGAAGCCAGAAUCUCUCAAUUGAAAAUGAACUCAAAACAACCAAGUGAUAGUUUGUAGAGAUCUCUUAAAAUGGUGGGUUUUUUCUGUAAUUUAUUUUCAAUUUUAAAAGCAUCAUAUCUUCGUUCAUUUUA